AUGUCUGGAACGGCAUACGCGUCUUCUUUUGUCUACACUGGCAUUUGGACCAAUUGGUCUAAAGGCCCGAUCUAUGGUGCGACCUUGACGCUCUACCAGAGAGAAGCAGGCCUCUUCGCUGCAUUCUUGGCCAUCUACGUCACUGCGGCAGGAGGACAGUUUUGGAAGAUACUAUGCUACCUCUCCUACCAGACGCGGGCUGCCAGACAGAAUCCAUACGGAGACAAUUUCCGCAGGAAAACCCAGGUGAUAUUGCGGAAUUCUGCCGGACCUGUGUCAGCGCUCUGGGAAUUUGCCCUCCUUUCCUUUCGAAGGCAUGAUCAAGAUCGAACCCAGAGAAUGAGUGUGUGUAUGCAAUGCGCAUUCUUCAUCUUCAUUGCCUUUGCGACCUUCUCAUCAUUCGGCGCAGCCAGUAUUUUCAGUUCUCAGGUCACAAAAGCGACAGGCAAUAAUACUCUAUUGUACAGCAAAAGUUGCGGGUAUGCCCGAUAUCCUGAUGGACCUGAUUCCUCCUUCAGCAAAUUUUUGAGGACGAUGAAGCUUGCUCAAGAUGCUGCUGGAUACGCUAGAGCUUGCUAUGGCUUGACCGACAACCUUCUGCAGUGUAAGAGCUAUCCACAAAAACAGAUCAAUUGGGAGACGGAUACGAAUGCAUCAUGCCCCUUCAGUGCACGGCGAUGUCGGAACAACUUAGCCGUCUCCUUUGAUACUGGACCAAUCGAUACGCAUGCUAUCUUCGGAGUCAACGCACCACCAAAGGACAGAGUGACAUAUCGACGCCGGACAACAUGCGCGCCCCUUGACCUCGAUGAUCUCUCGGCCACCGAAACGUCUGUCGAUGGAGCCGCCGGCGAAGUUAAAGAUGUUGAAAACAUUUAUGCAGGGCCUGUGAACUUUGGGUUUGGGCCUUUUAAUGCCUCCGCCCCCACCUUCUCUCGCAAUGUCCGUGUCCCCAUUAACGGCCUUGGGUACCAGCUCCAAACUGCCUUUUCAAUCGCAGGAAGUGCCUCGGGUAUCUGGGUCCCAAUACCAGAUCUUAACCGUACCGACGCCGACGUGACUAUAUUUCUACUCGCGUUUAAUGACAUUCUCUUCAUCCAGCCCAAUGAUGACCCGGUCUUCUCUGCUCAUGUUGCCAAGCUUAGCCCUCUGGGGGUUCGUGCCUAUCGGUCUGACCGAAAUAUCUCGGCUGUGGCCUGUGCAGAGCAGCAUCAAUACUGCAAUCCUGCAGUCGCCAGCGGCCAAUUCCCGCGGUGCACAAACCUGACGGGCGCGCAACUCCUGUGGCCGCACGAUGACAUUCCGGCCAUCCAACUGAUCAGAGAUACUGGACUGAAUACUCUCAAGAACGACAAUCUGGGUUUCAACCCAUUCCAAGCACUCGUCGCAGGGUAUUCCUCUGCUGCCACUUCGGCAGGGAUGUACUUUGCCGUGUUUAGUAGAGGCGCAGCGGCCUUGCGCGCGUCCGAGACCAUCUAUAGUUCCCUUCAAGGGCCCCUGACAAAUACUCAAUGGAUUACUGAACUUUCUGGCUGGUUUGCAGUAGGGCUCGCUGCAAUCCAGCAAGCCGCCCUAGAAUACGCUACCGGUCCUCAGUAUCUCGGCAUGACGGGAAAGCUUGUCCCACCCGCAAGUAAUGACGCACUAGGUCAGCGACUCUGUCAUUCGCAGACGUUUCGAAGUUCCGGGGAGGUGCAGUCCUUCAGUCUGCUCGGGGUUACGAUCAUCCUAUCUGGCGGAGGUUUAAUCAUCUUAAGCCUUUUCUUGAGAGCUUCUCCAGAACAACUGGAUCGUGUCGCGCCGAAGCAGAGCCACGACGCCGCCAGGCAACAUCAGGACUUGAUGCGCCUGAGGCACAGGCCCCAGCCGCCCACUGGGAUGGCGGGGAAGAAAAAUAUCGCUACGGAGGAGGAGCCGCUGCUCCAGAAAGCUACAGACAGACUUCUAGUCCAUUGGAGCGAUCUACCUGAGUGGUCCCAAGACAACGAGCACAUCCAAUCCGGAUUCCGACCGACAUCCAAUUCAUACUGGACGAGCUUCCAGAGCUGCUGUUAUGUGCACAAUGAAACGGGUAACAUCUACAGCCAUCUGCUCGCGACGUUGUGGAUGAUCGCGCUGCCGAUCCGGCUGUACCCACUCACGAAAGAGCACUACCCGAACGCUGAUGCCGACGACUGGACCGUCUUUGGGCUCUUUUUCCUGGGAGGCGCUUCCUGUUUCGCGCUCUCAACCAUCUACCACAUCCUCGCCAAUCACUCUCGCGCAACACAUGACUUCUGUCUUCAGCUCGAUUUCCUCGGUAUCAUCGUGGUCACGGCGGGUUGUUUCCCCCCUGGAAUCUGGUACAGCUUUCCCUGCGUGGCCAGGAAGACGAAAGUGUUCUGGAUCGGGCUUGAUCUCGCCGCCCAGUUUGUGGCAGCAAUUUUUGUCAUCUUUGUCCGACGAUUCCACCAGCCGGCAUGGCGUCCCCUACGAGGCUUUCUAUUCUCAAUCAUGGCUUCGUCCGCAUUCUAUCCCAUCAUCUAUGCUUCCUUCCUCCACGGAUACCGCCAAACGGACGCUGAGGCCGGGGCAUCGCGAUAUGUUCUUACCGUAGCUGUGUACCUGACUGCGGUGACAAUCUAUGCAACACGGUUGCCCGAAGCAUGGCGUCCGGGAAGAUUUGAUAUCUGGGGCCAGUCGCAUCAGAUCUUCCAUAUUCUCAUGGCGGUCGGGCUCACGCUGCAUUUCUGGGCAUUCGCCAAGGCGUUCGACUACGCGAAGAGGAUCAAACAAUGCUAG